AUGUCACUAAAAUACACUGAAACUCUGGCAAAAUUGAGGUCUGGGAAGCGAUUGGAGACGUGGAUCAGUUCGGAGAGCUUUUUCAAACGCAUUUGCCGCGCUCUUUUGCCGAAUGCAAAAAGAAGGCAUUCUAGUAAGUUCGAUUUGCCAGAUCCAUUCGGACCGACAACUGCUGUGAAAUUCUUGUGGAAUGGGCCUAUUUCCUUGACUCCUGCGUAUGAUUUGAAGUUUUCGAGGACUACUCUUUCGAUUAUAAGUCUUGGCGCGGUUUGGUCACCUGACAUUUUAUAUUUGAAUUUAAAUGAAAUCUUUCUUAAGUGAUUCUUACUCCCCUCUGUUAGCGAGCAAAACCAUUAGAAAAAUUCCUAUUUUUUGCUUAGAAACCCACUCUCCGUGAGCGAUAAAAAGUUUUUAAGAAAUUUUCUCAUAAAAAAGUGUUUAUAUACAAGUAUAAUCAAUAAAAUGAAAUCUCUAGUUAAUUCUGUUUAUUUUUAAACAAUUGAAUUUUUAAAACAUAAAUUUAAAAAAAAAAAAAUAUUUUCUUUCCAAUUUUGCAAAAAAAUUACUAUAUAAAAUUGUCUAAAAAUAAAAUUAAACUUCCUCCGUGAACAAAAUUUUUUUGUUUGCUCACAGAGUGGGUUUAGGGCAAAUAAAACCGACUUUUAUCAUCAAGCAAGUCCGAGGAUUAGAUAAAUCUUCACAAUAUUGAAUAAAGAAUUGACUGACAAGAAAAUUUUUAAGUUUAAAUUUUUAUUUAUGAAAAGCAUUUAUUGAAGAAUAUUGAGGGAUUUGAAGAAACUAA